UAGUAGGACAAAUGUAGCCGGCAAGCUGCAUCAUUCUCCGCCGCAGAGUUUUGUCCACUGUCAGAAGAAGAAACACAGAAAGUUUUACAGCUGGAGGGCGACGCGCGGAGUAGCGAGCAGCAAACUAAUCUGACCUGAGCGCGCGAGACAGAGAGAGAGAGGCGGUGUGUGCCACUGUUGUUGCUGAAGGUGCCUCCAGACUUCAGACACUACUCCUGGCCACCAUGAUAUCCUCUCCUGGUAGCCAGCCUUCUCUUCAGUCGGCUGUGUGGGCACGUGGCUGGCAGCAGGAGUGUGGCUGGAUUCCCCAGAAGGGGGGAAGUGACCUCAGGUUUCCUGUGGUAGGACGUCCAGGUGCUGUGGUGUUAUUGUGAGGAGCACAAGACUUCCUCCAUGGAUGCUUUGUUGGUUUAAAGAACAAUACAAUGGCUGACCGUUUUGACUGUGACAACUGCAAGGAGUCCUUGUACGGCCGCAAGUACAUCCAAUCUGAUGAAAGUCCUUACUGCAUUCCCUGUUACGACAGCCUCUUCUCCAACACGUGUGACGAGUGCAAAGAACUGAUCGGGCAUGAUGCAAGGGAGCUCUUCUAUGAGGACCGACAUUAUCAUGAACACUGCUUCCGCUGUUUCCGCUGCGAUCGCUCGCUGGCGGAUGAGACUUUCACCAGCCAGGAUGACGCCUUACUCUGCAACGACUGCUACUGUAAUGAGUUCUCCUCCAAGUGUGUAGCCUGCGACAAGAUUGUCAUGCCAGGUUCCAGGAAGUUGGAGUAUGCAGGCUCUACCUGGCAUGAGAGCUGCUUCAUCUGCCACAGCUGUGAGCAGCCAAUUGGCUCAAAGUCUUUCAUUCCCGACAAGGAUGAACACUACUGUGUGCAGUGCUAUGAGGACAAGUUUGCACCACGCUGCACACGCUGUAAAAAGACCCUGGCUAAAGGAGGUGUGACCUAUCGGGAUGAGCCGUGGCAUAAGGAGUGUUUUGUGUGCACCAACUGUAAGACGCAGCUGGCGGGUCAACACUUCACAUCCCGAGACGACAGCCCGUACUGCCUCAAGUGCUUCGGCAGUCUGUACGCCAAGAAGUGUGAGGCCUGCAGCAAACCAAUCACAGGUUUUGGAGGGGGAAAGUACAUCUCAUUUGAGGAUCGCCAGUGGCAUCAGCCAUGCUUCACCUGCUCCCAAUGCUCUGUUUCUCUGGUGGGCGCCGGCUUUUUCCCUGAUGGUGACAGAAUCUUGUGUCGGGACUGCAACAGUAACCUAUAAAGCAGUCUUUUACCACAUUUUUGCUCUUUUUCCCUGCAUUUCAAGACUUACCAAUUCAUUACCAAGGAAGGUAACACAGGCUUACAAACGCUGCCUCUCAGGUUGUUUUAUAAAGAGAUCAGUUACUGAUUGUCCCUCCUUGGGUCAGAUUUCCAUUCAGGACCUAGUGCGCAAAAAUCCUGUUUUGAUGCUGCAUUGUUCAAAAGAUUGAUUCCUUAACCAAAAAAAGUUUUCUGAAACAAAGUUAAUGGAGUGCCUUCAGAAUAACAUUACUUUAAUGUUAUAUGCUAUUGAACCAAAGAUAUGCAAAAUGCUAGUCACUUUGCUGAAAAAUCCUUAAUAUUUUUUAUAAAAGUUUCCUCACAGAACACUGAUACUGUACAGUAUGUGAACCUUACUGUGUAUUCAGAGUGUGGUGGAGGUACAGUGGCUUUGUGAUCUUUUUACUACAGUUUAAAGUAUUUUUAUAUAAAUAUGUCAGACUGCAAAAAACAAGAAUUUAACACAUUUACAGUGAGGCAGUCAGUUUAGAGCUGUUUGAUCAAGAAAUUCAGGGGUGUCCAAGCUAUGGCUCAUUUUUAAUUCACCAGCUGCAGAUUCAAGAAAUUAAAUAAAAUGUGCCCGACACAAGAACAUUGAGCUUAGGCUACUGUAUUGUGCUUCUUAGUUUGAGAAGGCAGUGCUGCUAAGCUAAUUCAGCAAACAAACAUUUUGACUAGACAGAUUCACUGCCAUACUCAUGACCAAACUGAGAUGACUGUAAAUGGUAAACCACCUGACAACCAAAGAUGGAAGAAGUACACCACUGUUGAACUCGAAUAAAAGUAGUUACUCUGGUUGGAAUUUACUAAAGUACAUGUAAAUGUACUGGCCUACAAAUUUACACAAGUAAAAAUGAUUUAAUGUAAAGUUUUCUUUAAGUACUGAGUAGCUACCAAGGAGUUGAGCAGUAGAAUAUGAUCUAAGAACAGGAGAAUGGAUCUCCAACCAGGUUUUUCAGGGAAAGCCACACCUCUGUAAUAAAGUAAAACUCACAGCAAAACUGAAAGUGUUAAUUAAACUCAUAUAGAAUUAUAUUAAGCACUUUAGAAGUGCUUUCAUUGGUCCACACAAUAUAACGUUAAACUCCCCUUUAAAAGUGUUGAAUAUUUGGCAGUAUGAUAGGCUGCUGUAACUCUUGAAAAUCUGUGGCAAGGUGGGUCUCCUCUGACAAGAACAAAGCAGAGUCAACCUCAUAGCAAGGCAAUACUGUUGAAGAAUAUGCACUAUGUGUCCUAGGAGCACCAUAAAUCACAGACAAGAACCCUAACUCAAUGGGUAACUUCACUCAUGGUGCAAAUAUGUCUCACAUUAAAGACAACAACAAUCCAACAGAAACAUGAGCAAAAGAACCCCAGCAGAGGUCACUGUACAACAGGCAACAUCCAAAAGCAACUAAACACUGCACAAGUGCAUGAUGGGGAACUCUGCCAUCUGCCCACCAGGUUUUUAAGUAGCAGUGAGCAGCGCUCAGAUCAGUUGACUCUUUACAGAGUUGAACCAACACUAGUAGAUUGACACUAGAGAUCACUUCAAUUAGAAUUGAGUUAAAAAUUACACUUUGGAAGUUAAAAUCAUCUCCAAAAUGUAAACCCUGAGAUAUCAACACUCCAGUUUUGCCUUUGUGCAACAGCUGUGCCACUCUGUGGUCAACAUAGGUGGAAAAAGUAAAGGAGUUUUGUACUCAAGUAAAAGCACAGUUUCUCUGGUUAAAACUUAAAGACCCUGUAAAGUGAAAUCCUAAAUGUGUGUCUUAAGACACUAGAUGUGAUGUAAUACGGUUGCUGUAAACAUGAGAAAAUGCUGAGAUCUACAUGUGACUGAAUUUUGGAUUUAGACCAUUAGAAAGUUUUUCACCUCUUUCCUGGCUGGGUUUAAUGUGGGCGGGGCAAAUAUGUGGGCUGGUGAUGUCACCAGCCCACAGUGGGGAAUAACCCCGCCCCUCUAACAUUACAAUAUAAAUUCACCUGACUUUGCCUGUUCUCUUGCACAAAGCCAGGCAGCUGCACUCUGUUCAUAAGGUCAGUGUAAGGUCAAAGGACAGGCUGAUUGCAUGAGUGCUUUCCUCCAUUCAGAUUGUAGCAUUUUUGACAUUUGAGAGGUUCCUAUUUUCUCCUAUGUGGGCGUGGCUUCAGCUCAUUCAACAGACACACCCACACCACCCUGGAGCAGAUUUUAUUGCCUCAUUUUUCAUGAUUUUAAAGCUUGAUUUUAGAAACUUAGAGAUGUUUUAAUUGACUAAAAU